AUGGCUAGCCGCGCCAACAGCAAGAAGAGGAAAUGCGGUCCUAAGGUUCGCACGGGCUGCAAAACGUGCAAAAUCCGGAAAAUCAAGUGCGGGGAGGAGAAGCCAGCAUGUUUCAGAUGCACGUCGACCGGGAGAGAAUGCGAUGGAUACGUCCUAGAAUCACGAUCGCAAUUCGGGAACGUCCCCAUUAUCCUGGACGCUGGCCUCCUCAACAGGAAUCAUUGGGCGGUGAAGGAAUUCUCCGAUCGCACCCUGUACCGUGUGGCAGGAUUUUUUCACCAUGAUCUCUUCUGGAAUCGCUUCGUCCUACAGCUUAGUCAAAGUGAGCCUGCCAUAUCAAAGGCUCUCUCGGCAGUCAAUAUGGCUUCCGCACAACUCGAAACCGGCAGUCAGCUUGAUCUCCAGGAGAGAUGCAUUUCCCAGUCGUACAACAAAGCAAUUCGGUCCCUCGCCCACUAUACCUCGAAUAUCGUUUACGUCCCACUUGCGGGUUGUAUACUCCUCGUGUGUUUAGAAUUCCUGCGAGGGGAUAUGCGAGCAGCUCUCACUCAUGUUCGCUACGGUUGGAGAAUUCUGGAGUCUUUCCGGCAGGAUGUCCCGUCUGGCCAAACCUUAUCAGAGCAGGAGUUGAUGACAGAACUAUCAUCCAUGUUCGAGCGUUUGAAUGUCCACGCUCUUCUUUUCGAACCUUUAGAGUCGCCAAUCUCCAGGCCAGCACGGAUCUUCCAGAACCCAUCUGCUCCGUCGAUCACAUUCUCCACGUUUGCUGAGGCGAAAAGUCGGAAUUAUGAACUGGUAUCCGAAGCAAUGGGCUUGAUUCUGUCUACUACACACCUCAAAUACCGGCCCGAAGCUGUCACCCUGAAUCAUAUCAUAUGUCAGAUUCGUAUGGAGGCGCAGUUUCAACGCUGGCGGAAGGCGUUCGAUCAACUCUAUGCUUGUCAGCAACAAUGCUGGAGUCGGCAGGAGUGCAAAGCUGCAGACAUUGUCCUGAUCCAGAAUAUUGCGAUGAAAAUCUGGAUUUCAACCUGUCUGUCCCCCGAGGAGAGCGCCUUUGAUAAAUUCAAACCCGAAUUCGAGAAGAUCGUUGAUCUAGCUGCGAGAACUGUCGGGACUUGCGGCCAAGAGCUAUGCCUCACUGUCGGAAAGUUCCAGUUUGAUAUGGGCCUCAUUCCACCAUUGCACUUUAUAGGGAUGAAGUGCCGAUGGCCUCUCCUGCGUCGCAAGGUUCUCAGAAUUCUGGGUUCCACGCAUUGGAGAGAAGGUCUUUUCGAUAGUUUUCGCUCGUACAGAUGUCUUCACCUCCUCAUAGAGAUCGAAGAAACCGGAUUAAGGCUGGAUCCGGAUCCCAAAGCCACAGAGUUGGAUGAGUUCAGUGAAUCCUUACCGACAGAGUUUAGUCGCAUUCAUCUUGCAGUAUUGGGCCCGGUUCCGGUUUCUGCAAAGGAACAAACCCUCACACUUGGGUUGAAACCCACUGGUGUUUUCAAUGCUCCGGUGGUCUGGGAGACAAUUAUCCCCACGUUUGGCGAGAUUCCUUUGCUAGAAUCUUGGUUCUCUUGGUCACCAUAA